AUACAAGUUGUCAUCCUUAAUACAUUGGGUGGCACCAAGAUCCGUUUACGAUUGCCUCCCUUGAAGCUCCAAACAUGAAAUUGCUCAUACCUUCUCUGGCCAUAUUCAUACAUAUCACUGGCCUAAUCUCUUCCCUCUCCGCCGAUGUCUCGGCCGCGCAAAGCUCUCACCAAGACUUCGUUGACGAGCACAACGCCGCUCGUGCUGAAGUUGGGGUCGGUCCGAUCGCUUGGAACGGCACAGUCGCGGCUUACGCUCAAAAGUACGCAGAUGAGCGGAUCGGAGACUGCAACCUCGAGCACUCCGGAGGGCCCUACGGCGAGAACCUAGCCGAGGGCUAUGGCGUCCUGAGCGGCAGGGACUCGGUGAAGAUGUGGGUGGGAGAGAAGGACAACUACGACUACGACUCGAACUCGUGCGUAGGAGGCGAGUGCUUGCACUACACUCAAGUCGUGUGGCGCAAGUCUGUUCAUCUGGGAUGCGCUCGGGUGAAGUGCGAUAAUGGGUGGUGGUUUGUGAUAUGUAACUAUGCUCCUCCCGGCAACUACGAGGGCGAGCGGCCGUAUUGAACGGUCUAUAUAAGUUCUAAAUAAACUCGUAUCUUUCAUUCGAUUCUACAAAACCACACCAACCGAAAUAACGCCCUAUUUCAGACGUACAUAUUGUAAGUCUGCCGUCUAGACGACGCUCCUGUCAAGAACUCCCUACCUUUGCAUUUCUCUCGUUACUAUAUAGAAAGCCGCAAAACGAAACACAAAUGGUCAUAA